AUGGUCCGAGGCGCGCAGCGAGGCCGCGGAAGUACUGGGUGGGGGAUGCGCGGUGCUCUGGCCGCAGUGGCGGUGCUCUCCGCGCUCAACGCCGCGGGCACCGUAUUCGCGCUGUGCCAGUGGCGCGGGCUGAGUGCAGCUCUGAGGGCGCUGGAGGCGCAACGCGGCCGGGAGCAGCGCGAGGACAGCGCCUUGCGCGCUUUUCUGGCGGAGCUGAGCCGCGCGCCGCGUGGGCCCGCAGCGCCUCCCCAGGACCCAGCGAGCGCAGCGCGCAACAAGCGCAGCCACGGCGGGGAACCAGCGCCGCACAUCCGCGCAGAAAGCCAGGACAUGCUGAUGAUGAUGACCUACUCCAUGGUGCCGGUCCGAGUGAUGGUGGACCUGUGUAACAGCACCAAGGGCAUCUGCCUGACAGGACCACCUGGCCCACCAGGACCUCCAGGAGUUGAUGGCAUACCAGGACAUAAUGGAUCAGAUGGACAGCCUGGUCCCCAGGGCCCAAAAGGCGAAAAAGGAACACAUGGAAAAAGAGGAAAAAUGGGGCUACCUGGAGCCCCAGGAAAUCCAGGGGAAAAAGGAGAAAAGGGUGACUCUGGUGAACUGGGCUUGAUGGGAAACCAGGGCCCACCGGGGCAGAAGGGCGAGAAGGGGGACAAAGGGGACGUGUCCAACGACGUGCUCCUGGCAGGUGCCAAAGGUGAUCAAGGCCCACCCGGUCCACCUGGGCCCCAAGGUCCUCCAGGUCCUCCAGGACCACCUGGAAGCAGAAGAUCCAAAGGCCCACGGCCGCCAAACAUGUUUAAUGGCCAGUGCACAGGUGAGACAUGUGCUAUACCAAAUGAUGAUACCCUAGUUGGAAAAGCUGAUGAGAAAGUCAAUGAACACCAUUCCCCACAAGCAGAAUCCAUAAUCACUUCCAUUGGAAAUUCAACACAAGUAUAUAAAGUUAAGGAGACAUUUGGGACCUGGAUAAGAGAGUCUGCUAACAAGAGUGAUGAACGGAUUUGGGUGAUUAAACAUUUUUCAGGUAUCUUGGUGAAGGAAUUCAAAGACUGGCCCUCACUUUUGAAUAACAGUUACACGUCCAUCCAACUCCCGCAUUAUUUCCAAGGCUGUGGGCAUACUGUUUAUAACAACUCUCUCUACUACCACAAAGCAGGCUACAACACCAUAGUGAGAUUUGAAUUUGGCAAAGAAAUAUCUGAAACUCUGAAGAUUGAAAAUGCUUUGUAUUUUGAUAGAAAAUACCUCUUUGCAAAUUCCAAGACUUACUUCAACUUGGCUGUAGAUGAAAAGGGUCUUUGGAUUAUCUAUGCUUCAAGCGUGGAUGGCUCGAGCAUCCUUGUAGCACAACUGGAUGAAAGAACAUUCUCUGUGGUCCAACACAUCAAUACCACGUACCCCAAAUCCAAGGCCGGCAAUGCCUUCAUUGCCAGAGGGAUCCUCUAUGUCACAGACACCAAAGAUAUGAGUAUAACAUUUGCUUUUGAUUUGUUAGGAGGGAAACAGAUCAAUGCAAACUUAAAUUUAAGAACUUCCCAGUCUGUUCUUGCCAUGCUAUCAUACAAUAUGAGAGACCAGCAUUUAUAUUCGUGGGAAGAUGGCCACUUAAUGCUUUAUCCUGUGCAGUUUUUGUCAGCUGCAGUAAAGCAAUGAUGUGAUGC